CUGUAUUAAUAGAUGGAGAGAAUUCUGCCUGUGACCCCAGGGAGAGUCUCAUUUUGCCAAUGGUCCCACAGCUCAAUCCCACUUGACUAUAAAGUCCUUGUUUCCAGAACUGUAACUUGUUUCCUCUCUGCUACUGAAGACAAAAAAGGCUCCCCUUUCCACACUAAGCUGGAUGAGAGCACUGUAAGAAAGAACAAAGGCUACAAAUCUACAAAACAUGGAGAUCUUAAGUAACUUGACAUCUACAUUUCCAAAUUUCUUGUUGGCCGGCAUUCCUGGCCUGGAGUCUGCCCACACCUGGAUCUCCAUUCCCUUCGGCUGUCUUUAUGCCAUUGCCCUCUCUGGGAACAGCAUGAUCCUGUUUGUCAUCAUUACCCACCAGAGUCUCCAUGAGCCCAUGUACUAUUUCCUCUCCAUGUUGUCAGCUACUGACCUGGGCUUGACUGUGUCUACAAUGUCUACAACAUUAGCUAUACUUUGGUUUAAUGCAAGAGAAAUUAGUCUAGAUAGCUGUAUUAUCCAAAUGUUUUUUCUUCAUGGGUUUACUGUCAUGGAAUCUGGGGUGCUAGUGGCUAUGGCCUUUGACCGCUAUGUGGCAAUCUGUGACCCUCUAAGGUACACUACUAUUCUCACUAAUUCCAGGGUUAUUCAGAUGGGCACCUUAAUGAUUAUACGUAGUGUGGUAUUAAUAGCACCACUACUCUUGCUCCUUAAGCCCCUGUAUUUCUGUAGAGCAAAUAUCCUUUCCCUUUCUUACUGUUACUAUCUAGAUGUGAUUAAAUUAGCAUGUUCAGAUACUCGGGCCAACAGCAUCUGUGGAUUAAUCGGUCUCAUCCUGACCACAGGGGUGGAUACACCAUGCAUUGUCCUCUCUUAUAUCUUGAUCAUUCGCUCUGUGCUGAGUAUGGCCUCUCCCAAAGAACAACACAAGGUCUUCAGUACUUGUAUGUCCCACAUUGGAGCAGUAGCCAUUUUCUACAUCCCCAUGAUGAGCUUGUCCUUGGUGCAUCGCUAUGGCCAAUCAGCCCCCAAAGUGGUCCAUUCAAUGAUGGCCAAUAUAUACCUGCUUUUGCCCCCUGUGCUCAACCCCAUCAUCUAUAGUGUAAAAACAAAACAGAUUCGCAAGGCUAUCCUCAGUCUUCUCCUUGCAACUAAGCAGAGGUGAUUAAUUUUGAGAAAAACUUGAUAAAACUUACUUUCACUCUAGAAAAACAACUGUGGUAGGUGACUCACUAUUAGAUAAUUUUUCUCAUUUUGUUCAACAAACAUUUAUUUAGUAAGAAUGUUUUGUGUUUUCUAUUGUGAAAUAUAUGUAUGACAUACCACACGAACUUUGUAGUCCAACAGGAAUAAAAGCAAAAACUGUAAUAAUGAAAUAACAAAAAUAAUAUUCAUAGUAAUUAGCAUUUAUUGAUUGUUUAUUUUAUAUUAGGUAUCCUACUGUUUCUGAGCUUUAUUCAAUUUAUUCUUCAAAAC